UGUGUGAGUGGCAUCUGAGUCAUGCCACAACUUUGGUGGCUGAGAAAAUAUUUGUAAAACAGUGAUGCAAAUUGUGUAUUUAAAUUACUGUCAGCGCUAUUUAUGCACACAAAAACCUCGCACAAUGGACACACCCGUCUCAUUUGCGAGUCAUUUGUGAACAUUUGUGCACAAAUGCAACUUCCCAAAGCCGGAAAGAGGGGCACAACAGUGCAAUAGUUUAGCCUUCAUGAAAAAACAUGGGAAAUACUACCAUUUGCGAAUAAAUAGGUGCUGCUUGAACUUUAUAAAUAACAGAGUUUUGGGGUGGAUGAUCAAGGUUUUGUAAAACACAGGGUGUAAUUAUUUGCCAGCAGUGUAUUCAUGUGAUGCUAGAGGCACAAUGAUUUGCACCUGGUAUCCAUAAAGGACUUCCUCCUUCAAAUGGGUGUGUUUAGACCAACUGUAUUUCUUUACACGUGGAUAUUCUGCCCCUAUUUAAUUUUUUAAAAAUUUUCUCUGAAAAAUGUGUUGUGAUUCCUUUUUUUCAUCAAAUGACAUUUAACGUGUCUGUAUUUUUUGAGCUUAGCAAGGAAAUUAGAAUAUCUUGAGUAAACCCACCAAUCACCGGACGUGGAACCUAAGCAUGUUCAAGAAGUUAUUCUACUUUUGUUAUCUGCUUUUUUAGGUGCCCGAAGUGUGUGUGUUGGAUCUCUACAGUUUUAGAAAAUGUGUAUUGCGUUUUGAUUUGGUGAGCUAUUCAUUUUGAAUAGUCUAAGCAGGUGUAGUCAGCUAAGAAACCACUGUACUAUAAAACCAAUGAUCAGAUUUUAGGUUUCUUAUGAACUGGAAAGCAUUUUAUUCCUGUCAUGGGAUAUAAACUGCAUUAAAGUGCCCCCUAGAGCAAGCUAAGAGUGGAACCUACAUGGCCGGAAGAUAUUACCCUAGUUAAGGGUCAAAUAAGCUACUAAUUGUGUAGAUUCAACAUGGAAAUGCUAUAGGCCACCCUUAUGACAGUGUUUCCCAAUGAAAUAAAUGGCUGGGGUUAUGUUUAAUUUCUAUAUCUCUUGGCUCAGCCUCAAGAUGUAGACCAGAGGACUGGCCAGUGAGCCCAUUGUAGAUGUUUUAGCAGCUCAAGAUACUCACUUGGUACACUACUAUUACUACUACACUACUACAUAGUGAGGUCUGCACAGUGACUGGUACACACCAGUACAAGACCCGAAAUCACGCAGAGUGUAGACUUCUAGAAUGUCAAGAGAAGAAUUAAGACCAUUUCUGAAUGCUAAGAAAGAGGAGGGAAAGAGGAAGACACUGCUAUGCUAUGGUUAUUCCAACCAAACUACAGGUAUAAGGGACUAAUUUACUAACAGUGUAGGUGCUAAUUUGCACUAGUUUAGCAAUUAAUUUUGUUCAGAACUAUUGAGAACUACAUAUAUUUGAAAGAAAACACAGUGUGAAUACAGGACAAUGCAUGGCUCACUGGUAAUAUGGCACAUUGAGAAUGAAAAUAUGUGAAUUAAGUAGAUAGAUAAAAAAUGAGCCCCAGUCUUUUUCUAACAGUAAAAUGCCAUGGGAGUAAAAAAAUGAAAUAUAAUUUGCAUUCCUGAUAACAAAUUACACAGGUGCCCUUCCCCUUGCAUCACAAUAGUACCUUGGGCAAAAAUCCAAUGAUCUUUACAUAAGCUGCAAUGAUCAUUACUGAUUUUAUCCACUGCAAGAAGGAGGGAGAAAUCUGAACAGGCUGGUGCAAAGCUAUUUAGAUCUUUUUUUUGUAGAUCAGAGCUAUUACAUGCUACUAUGGAUCGGAUGGAUUGUGACUGGAACAACUGUUCAACCUACAAACCUGUGGAAUUUAUGAACAUACCUGUACAAGAAGCCAGAACAGCUUCAGUCCUGUUUAUAGCUAUAUCCUUUGUGGGAAUCAUCACUAACAUGUUCAUCGUGUCUGUUAAUUUCCAUUCCUGGAUAAAAGAGCAAAGCAUGAACCCGAGUGACUUCAUAAUUGUUUUCUACAACCACGGCAUUCAUAAGUUUAUCAGUCUGGAAUGCAAAUUAAGAAGACAUUUUCCAAUGAUCAAUUGUUAUAUUCCAUUCCUGAUUAUAGUGGUCACCACCAGCCUUAAUAUUGCUUCACUCUACAAACACAUUCGUUGUAUGCAAAAAAACAUGGGAGAGUUUGGUGGUCCCAACCUGAAAAUUCAUCAAAGAACAGUACUUACAAUGACGCUUCUUCUUAUUUUUUAUCUACUCUCUUAUGGUUUACUACUGGGAUCUAACUUCUUUCUAAAAAUCGAACUAUUGAUGAGGGUUUACUCCAUGGCACGGUGUCUUUUUUCCCCUAUUCAGUCCAUCAUUCUUAUCAUGGGGAACUCCAGACUGAAACAGACCUGUGUGAACAUAUUAAACAGCUGCAGGAAAAUGUUCAGGGAAAGGGGAAAUACACCUACUAUUUGCUCCUUAACCAAAUAUAAGUAGCUAAAAAAUGUAAAAAAACUAGCACUGCUCUUUAUUCUGUCUUAUUUAAUCUUUUUUUGCAUCAUUCUGUGUGUGACUUCAGUGUAAUGGAUCUUAUAUUAAGUAAAAGAAAGCAAGAAGAUUAUAUGAAUUUGUAAGUGGGUGGUCCUUGUGUUUAUGAACGCAUGUAAUGUAUAUGUAAUUUUUGUAUAUGUAUUUUGCCAGUUUCUAUAGAGAACUAUGAGGUGUAUGGGGAUAGUUUUAAUGGAUUUAAUUUAAGUAAUAACUGUAUUAUAUAGGCAUAUUCCUAUAUUGUGUGCUAUUGCCCCUUUCCACCGCACUGGCCACCAUUUUUUCAAUAACUUGCACUAGUCACUGUGUUCGCUGUGUACCUGAGGAAGAUGUGUUUAACUUGAGAG